AUGGCCGAAGAAGGCUCCCUGCCUCCUCGUCCUGGUUCGAAGGACGUCGUACCGUCGGCCGAUGGCAGCGCUCUCCCUGAGCCUGAAUGGGAAGUGCAGCCGAGAUCCCCGGCGGACCACCGUGCACAGCCAGGCACUGCUAGCACACAUCCUGAAGAGAGCCACCCCGUAGUCCCGUCGCUCGCCUCCGAGAAGAAACUGCACGGGAAGCCGGAGAAGAAGUGGGCGCUGCCAACCACUGCAGCACCGCCCACCGGACACAAGCACACCUCCACAAACCGCCAGUGGCCACAGACCCCCCCAAUCUCACCCAAGGCCGCGCCUUCAGCAAGGACAGCGACACCACCAGCGCCGCCGCGGCCCAAUCAAAGAUCUAGGCUUUCACCUGGGGAGGUAGGAGAAGGGAGAGGAGAAGGACGAACCACGAUGGCGCCCCCAAGGAGGUAA